ACAGGUGCUUCGCUAUAUAAACCCACGAAGCCACAACACUCUAACCACCAAUUUUCUCAUUCCUCUCUAAAAACCUCCAACUUCCACAACUACUUCCAUGGCUCCGAGCUUAAGCAAAACAGUGCAACUAGGUUCGUUAGGUCUGGUCCCCGACAAUUCACCCUUGUCCAUAACCUUAAACGGCUCCAACUUCCUGGCUAACGGCCACCCUUUUCUGACGGAAGUCCCGCCCAACAUAACGGCCACCCCUUCGCCCUCAGUGUAUUCUAAAGCCACCGACACGGUGGUGGGUUGCUUCGUGGGGUUCCACGCGGAGGAGCCGAGGAGCCGCCACGUGGUACCUCUGGGGAAGCUGAGGGGCAUAAGGUUCAUGAGUUUAUUCCGGUUCAAGGUGUGGUGGACCACGCACUGGGUUGGAAGCAACGGCCACGAGGUAGAACACGAAACCCAAAUGAUCCUUCUCGACAAGAAUGACUCGCUGGGUCGUCCCUACGUCUUGCUGCUUCCCAUUCUCCAAGGCUCCUUCCGAGCCUCCCUCCAACCUGGCUUAGAUGACUACGUGGACCUUUGCGUCGAGAGCGGCUCCACACGUGUCACUGCCUCCAGCUUCGGGAGCUGCUUGUACCUCCACGUCGGCGAUGAUCCCUUUCGCUUGGUAAGUGAAGCAGCCAAAGUGGUUAGAAUGCAUUUGGGGACUUUCAAGCUUCUGGAGGAGAAAACCGCGCCAGCGAUAAUAGAUAAGUUUGGAUGGUGUACGUGGGACGCGUUUUACCUGAAGGUGCAACCAUUAGGGGUGUGGGAAGGGGUGAAGGGCCUUGUGGAGGGAGGGUGCCCUCCGGGGAUGGUCCUAAUAGACGAUGGGUGGCAAUCAAUUUGUAACGAUGAGGAUCCCGUGACGGACCAAGUGGGUGUGAACCGAACCUCCGCUGGGGAGCAAAUGCCGUGCAGGCUCGUGAAGUUCGAGGAAAAUUACAAGUUCAGGGAUUAUCGUAGUGUUGAAGGGUCUGAGAAAGGUUUGGGCGCGUUCGUUAGGGAUUUGAAGAAGCGGUUUAGGAGCGUGGAGCAUGUGUAUGUUUGGCACGCGCUCUGUGGAUACUGGGGUGGGGUCAGACCUGAGGUUCCGGGCAUGCCCGAAGCUAAGCUUGUUACUCCGAAGCUGUCGCAGGGGUUAAAAAUGACAAUGGAAGAUUUAGCGGUGGAUAAGAUCGUGAAUAACGGUGUGGGACUCGUGCCACCUCACCUCGCUCACCGUUUGUACGAGGGGCUCCACUCGCGUUUGGAAUCGGCGGGAAUUGACGGCGUCAAAGUUGACGUUAUACAUCUGCUGGAAAUGCUCUCAGAGGAAUUCGGUGGGCGUGUUGAGUUAGCCAGAGAUUAUUACAAAGCACUCACUGCAUCGGUGAAGAAGCAUUUCAAAGGCAAUGGAGUCAUUGCAAGCAUGGAGCACUGUAAUGAUUUCUUUCUCCUUGGCACCGAAACAAUAGCCCUUGGUCGCGUAGGAGACGAUUUCUGGUGCACUGAUCCCUCUGGGGAUCCAAACGGAACGUAUUGGCUCCAAGGGUGCCACAUGGUGCAUUGUGCUUACAACAGUUUAUGGAUGGGAAAUUUUAUUCACCCAGAUUGGGACAUGUUUCAAUCUACUCACCCAUGUGCUGAAUUCCAUGCUGCUUCCAGAGCCAUCUCUGGUGGACCCAUUUACGUCAGUGAUUGUGUUGGAAAGCACAACUUCAAGCUGCUCAAGAGCCUCUCUUUGCCCGAUGGCACCAUCUUGCGUUGCCAACAUUAUGCACUCCCCACAAGAGAUUCUUUGUUUGAAGACCCUUUACACGAUGGGAAAACAAUGCUCAAAAUUUGGAAUCUCAACAAAUAUACAGGUGUGUUGGGUGUGUUUAACUGCCAAGGAGGAGGGUGGUGUCCUGUGACGCGGCGAAACAAGAGUGCCUCUGAAUUCUCACACGCUGUGACAUGCUGGGCGAGUCCUGAAGAUAUUGAAUGGAGCAAUGGAAAAGUUGCAGUGAGCAUAAAAGGGGUGGAUGUGUUUGCUGUGUAUUUGUUGAAGGAGAAGAAAGUGAAGCUGAUGAAAUGGUCAGAGAAAUUGGAAGUUUCACUGGAGCCAUUUAGUUUUGAGCUGUUGACAGUGUCUCCGGUGAGAGUGUUAUCAAAGGGGUUGAUUAAAUUUGCUCCAAUUGGAUUAGUGAACAUGCUUAACUGUGGUGGUGCUAUUGAGUGUGUGGAGUUUGAUGAUGAGAGAGAUGUGGUGAAAAUUGGAGUGAGGGGUUGUGGGGAGAUGAGGGUAUUGUCAUCGGAGAAGCCAAUUGGUUGCAAAAUAGAUGGAGUAGCUGUCAAAUUUCAGUAUGAGGAUAGAAUGGUGAGACUACAAGUUCCUUGGCCUACUUCUUCGAAAUUCUCAAUGCUUCAGUUUUUGUUUUGAUUCCUGUUGCCAAAGGGAUUGUGGGAUGCUAUGAUGUUUUACUCUGUUUAUAAGCUAUAAUAUGUUUAUUUAUUUCUUUCUUAA